UUAAAUGCAAAAUGUGUAAAACUUUAAAUUUUUUACUCUAUCGGAAGAAUUUCAAUUAUGUUUCUCCCAAAUUUAUUCAUCGACACAAUUUAUUUGUUAGAUUAAAAUUUACUUUUCAUUCCAAUAUAAAUUGCAAAUAUUAUUGCAAUCAGAAAAUUUUUAAUGAAAGUAAAUCAAAAGUUACCGUAAUUAAUGCUUCAGUUAAAGAUAAUAAUGAAAACAAUAAUAUAUUUAGCACUAAUCCUCAAAUUAGUGGUUGGGAGAUAGUUAAAAAAAUGUUUACCUAUGUUUGGCCGAAAGAAUCUCCAGACAUUAGAUAUAGAGUUAUCAUUGCUUUAUCACUGUUAGUUGGAUCAAAAGUUUUAAAUGUUCAAGUUCCCUUUAUAUUUAAAUAUGCAAUAGAUUAUUUAAAUCAAUGCACAAAUGGUAUGCUAAACAUCCCUGAAAAGUUUGAACCUUUCCAAUCAACUCUUCAAUAUGUGAUGUUUAUUAUCAUUGCCUACGGUAUAGCCAGAACCGGUGCCUCCUUAUUCAACGAGCUCCGAACGGCUAUUUUUGCCAAAGUAGCCCAAAAUUCUAUCAGACGCGUAGCUAAGAGUCUAUUUUUACACUUGCAUUCGUUGGACCUCGAUUUCCAUUUAGCCAGGCAGACCGGAGCAUUGGCCAAAGCCAUAGAUCGCGGAACUAGGGGUAUAAAUUUCGUGUUGAGUGCCUUGGUCUUCAAUUUGGUACCUACCAUCCUAGAGGUGUUAUUCGUUACCGGAAUUUUAUGGUACAAAUGCGGUGUAGAAUACGCUUUAGUCGUUUUGACCUGCAUGUCAGCGUACACCGCGUGGACUUUAUCCAUCACCGCUUGGAGAACAAAGUACAGGAUACAAAUGAAUAAGGCCGAGAAUGAGGCUGGUAACAGAGCUAUCGAUUCUAUGAUCAAUUACGAGACCGUUAAGUAUUUUAACAACGAAGCCUACGAGGCGAACCAAUACGAUAAAUUGCAAGCGAAUUACGAGACCGCUUCCAUCAAGACGGCUCUUAGUUUAUCCGUUCUCAAUUUCGGGCAGAACAUCGUAUUUAGCGGGGCAUUGGCUUUUACCAUGAUACUCGUUAGCCAGGAAAUAUUGAAAGGUGAAAUGACGGUUGGCGAUCUUGUUUUGGUAAACGGGCUCAUAUUCCAACUCUCUUUACCCUUAAAUUUUUUGGGCACUGUUUACAGGGAAAUAAGACAGAGCAUGAUCGAUAUGCAGGCCAUGUUUACCUUGAUGAAAAUACAGCCUCGUAUCAAGGAUAUCCAGACGUACCCUCCCUUGUUUCCUAAUUAUGCACUUCACAAUAACGACAUUGAUUUCAAUAGGGAACACCCUUUUAACGCCACUAUCGAAUUUUCGAACGUUAAUUUUGGGUACACCCGAGAGAGGGACAUAAUUCAAGGCCUAUCCUUCCACGUUCCCUCCGGUAAGAAAGUAGCCAUAGUUGGGGGAAGCGGAUGCGGAAAAUCCACUAUAAUACGUUUACUAUACCGUUUUUACGAUCCUAAAUUUGGUAUCAUAAGCAUCAAUGGGCAGAAUAUCAAAAAUGUUACUUUGGAAAGUUUAAGGGAAUGCGUCGGUGUAGUGCCUCAAGAUACAGUUUUAUUUCACGAUACCAUAUUACACAACAUCUGGUACGGAAACCUUAAAGCUCCACUGGAAAAGGUAUAUGAGGCGUCUAAAUUGGCCCAGGUACACCAGGCUAUAAUGCUUAUGCCCAAACAAUACGAUACCAUGGUAGGGGAAAGAGGUCUUAAACUUUCUGGAGGUGAAAAGCAGAGAAUAGCGAUAGCUAGAGUUAUACUAAAAAAUCCGGCCAUUUUUCUUUUCGACGAAGCCACGUCAUCGUUAGACGCCAUCACAGAAAAACAUAUUCAAGAUUCAUUAAAAAUCGCCACAGCUGGAAGGACCUCCAUAGUUAUAGCUCAUAGACUAGCUACUGUUAUGGACAGUGAUGAAAUAUUGGUUAUGGAGGGUGGAAAAAUUGUGCAGAAGGGCACUCACGAAAAUCUUUUAAGAUCCAGUCUAAAUGCGAAAUUCGAUAAUUUUUAUUAUAGGUUAUGGAGAACUCAGCUAUCUCAGCAAAAUCAAUCAAAGGCAAAAUUCGAAUAUAAUCAUGACAAAGAAAAAAUUGAAUAAAAUAAUUGAUAAAAAUAUUACUUAAAAAAUUGAGAUAUUGAUAAAACCAUAAUUUAAAAAAUUAUUCAUUAAAUUAUUUAAAUUUCAAGAUGUAAUGUAAAUAAAUUUCAAUUAAAUUAUUG